AUGGCCGAAACAGCAGCUGUCGACUACACUCUGGCGAACCCAGAUACUAUCACCAAGUACAAGGUCGCCGCCGACAUCUCCCAGAAGGUCCUCAAAGAGGUCUCCGGAUGGAUCGCCGCUGAUGCCAGCAUUGUCGAGCUCUGUGAGCGCGGUGACAAGCUCCUAGACGAGGAGGUCGCCAAGGUCUACAAGGGCAAGAAGGUCCUCAAGGGCAUUGGACACUGCACCACCAUCUCGCCGAGCGCCUACAUCACCCCGUACACACCACUCAAGACCGAUGCCGAGGAAGCCGCAGUGACACUGAAGGAGGGAGAGGUCGUCAAGAUCCAGCUCGGUGCCCAGAUCGAUGGCUUCUGCGCGAUCGUUUGCGACAAUGUCAUUGUCGGAGCUGCCGACGAGGUCACCGGACGGGAGGCAGAUCUCAUUUUGGCUACACACUACGCGAACGAGCUUCUGCUGAGGUUGAUGGUACCGCCAGGCUUGGUUCCCCACGGCGACGAGGAGGAGCAAAAGAAGGCUGCGUCAAAGAAGGCCUACACUCAGAGCCAAAUGACCAACAUGCUUGAGAAGGUUGUCAAGGCGUACGGUUGCAACCUCGUCGAGAGCACCACUAUCUGGCAAUUCGACCACAACGAGAUCGAGUCCAAGAAGAAGAUCAUUCUUGCGCCCGGCGAGGGUGUCAGAGGAGAGGGUCUCCCUGAGGUCGGCGAAGUGUGGGGUGUUGAGAUGGGUGUCAGUCUCGGAAGCGGCAAGGUCAAGAGCAACAGCAACAGGACCACUCUGCACCGACGUACAGCCACCACCUACCAGCUCAAGCGCCCUACCUCGCGAAGCCUGUUGUCUGAGGUUGUCAAGAAGUUCGGCACUUUCCCCUUCAGUCUGCGCCAGCUUGAGGACGAGAAGGCUGCCAAGGUUGGUGUUGUCGAAUGUGUCCGCACGGGUGUGCUCCGCCAGUACGAAGUUGUCGUUGACAAGGACAACCAGCCCGUAGCUAGGUUGUUCAGCACUGUUGCGAUCACCAAGAACGGCAUGCAGCGUCUGGCUCAACCCGCUGCCAUCGACACCUCCAAGUACAAGUCUGACAAGAAGAUUGAGGACGAGGAGAUCCUCAAGAUUCUCGAACAGCCCAUUGGAAAGACUUCGACAAAGAAGAACAAGAAGAAGAAGAAGAAGCCCGCCAAGAAGGCCGCUGACGGCGGUGCUGCUCCUGCCGAAGAGGAGGAAAGUGACGACGAGGAGUAG